GCUUGGUGUUGUUCUCCAAUGCUAUUUUUCUCUCUAUAAUUGAAUUAUUUUUUUCAUUUUAGGACAUGUUUUGUCCCUAACUUGUUAUAAUUGUCAUUUUAUUGGUCUUCAUCUAUUCUUGGUUUUACUUUUUGGCGAGGCAUGUGGCUGGACACUUCGGCUUCUUAAAAGAGAAUGGGAAGUUGGGAACCCAACGAGAAAAUGUGCAUUUUGAAAAAGUUAAGGACAAAAGUUGUCCUAAAGUAAGAAAAAUCCAUGCUAGGGUAAAAUCUUAUCAAAAUACAAAAUUUAAAGGGGCUUUUAUGCUAAUAACCCAUGAAAUCCCUUCCUCCGGUCUGCCAUUCUCCACCCCAUUGUCAAUCGUCGGCGACUCUUCUUCUUCCCCUUCCCCACCGUAGUCUCCAUUGUCAAUCAGGCAUCUGUUAUAAUUUUCCACGCACACGAUUCCCUCAUCUUCUGUAACACAUACAACUCGUCCCUGCCACCGCUUAAAAUGGAGGAAACGACGACGCCGGAUGGUUCCAUCGUAGAUGAAUCGGAGAUAGAGUAUGUGAGCUAUGCCGGCGAGCAUCACUUGCCCCUUAUCAUGCGCCUCGUUGAUGAAGAACUCAGCGAACCCUAUUCCAUCUUCACCUAUCGUUACUUCGUUUAUCUCUGGCCCAAUCUCUCCUUCCUCGCGUUCCAUAAGGGGAAAUGCAUCGGAACAGUGGUUUCUAAAAUGGGAGAACACCGUAAUACUUUCAGAGGCUACAUUGCUAUGCUCGUUGUCCUCAAACCUUAUCGUCACAGAGGAAUUGCUACAGAACUUGUUACAAGAUCCAUAAAAGUGAUGAUGGAAUCAGGUUGUGAAGAGGUAACAUUGGAAGCUGAAGUGACAAAUAAGGGUGCGCUUGCAUUAUAUGGGCGUCUGGGGUUUAUAAGAGCAAAAAGGCUAUUUAGAUACUAUUUGAAUGGUGUUGAUGCAUUUAGAUUGAAGUUGCUAUUUCCACAUCAAGAAUUACCAUCUUCCCACCCCUACCCCCACUCCAACACUGUAAUGUCAUCGGUUCUUGAGAGUUAUGCAGCUCAUGAACUUGGUCCAUGAGUGAAAUCUAGAACAAUUCGUUUUCUUUAAUCCAUGUAUAACUGUAAUCACAAAGACUCGGUUUUUGUUUCCAAAUGAAAUGCGUAGUUUUGUUAGUAAAAAUACUGUUAUUGGUUGAGUCAUACUUUAUAGUGUGUAUUGGAAUUAUGAACUGUGUUUUAAUCAAUCUUUCAUGAAUUUUAUUGUGACCGAUGUAAUGUUACCAUUGCAGUGUUCUUAAUAUGUUUACAGGAUGAUCUGAAAUGUUUUAAAUGUAUUGGUUGAGUCAUACUUUAUGAACUUUGUUGAAAUGUGGAUGUGAACUUAUAACAGUGAUUGAAAAAUUGUUGGUCUGAAAUUGUUUCCAACUAAUGUAGCUUCCAGCUUUGAAGAUCUUGCUUUCAAAGUUGGAUACAUGUUUUUAUUGGGGGGUUUAGACAAGUUUGUUGCUAUUUAUG